AUGAAAGGUAUUGGACGCUUGAUGUGUCUUGUGUUAGUUACUUUAGCCAUGCUACUCACCACAUUCAAGGCACUACAUGCACAACAAUAUGUUUCACCUUCUUACUCAAUUGAAACCAUCGCUGGUGGUGGCAGCAUGGACACAAACAACUCAACUCUUGCAACCCAAAUCAUGUUACAUGAUCCUAAAGAAUUAGCCAUUCAUGAACAAACAGGAGAUAUCUAUCUAUUGGAUGAAUUUAAUAUUCGAAAGAUUAACAAAUCCACUGGACACAUGCAAAAACUUUUUGGUACAUCCACAUUUGGUUAUCCAUCUCCUGGAGUUUUAAUGAGUGAGGCCACGUUGGGAAAUUUAACUAGCAUUGUUAUGGAUGGAGAUGCUAUUUAUUUUGGCAGUUUCUAUUCGACAACAAGUUUCGUAUUUAAGAUUUUUGAGAACUCAACUACGUUACCUUCUGCCAAAGUUCACACAUCGAAUGAAGUGUUUAGAAUUCAAGUAGGACUUGCUGAUUCUUCAAUUUAUUAUUUGGAUUCGAAACAAAAAAAAGUUUGGAAGAAAAUUGUGACCGAAAGUGCUAUUACCACAGGAGCUUUGAGCCAACCAGUUGAUAUUCACAUUUCUGGUUCACUUUGUUAUAUUUCAGAUAUUGGAAUUAACAUGAUUAAUGUUGUUAACAUAUCUUCUCAAACAAUUCAUUUUCAACCAAUUGACCAACCAACAAGUUCAUUUAUGGAUGAGCAAGGUCAACUCUUUGUUUCUUCUGGUAAAUUCAUUAAGAGAAUUCAACCAGAUGGAAACAUUUCCAUCAUUGCAGGUUCACAAAUUGACGUUUCCACUGCUGAUAAUUUGGAUGCAACUCUUUCAUCAUUGAAAUUUCCAAUUUCAGUUAAAGUUUGGAAAGGAGAAAUUUAUUUCAUUGAUAGGGAUGAAAAGAGGGUAAGAAAACUUACACCCAGAUGCAAUUCAGGAUAUUCUUUGACUCAAAAUUUGACAAGAUGUUAUCAAAACAGUCCUAAUGUAGAUGUCAUUACUUGUUUUGGAAAAUUGUCAAAUGAUUCAAAUGUUUGUUCAGGUAAUGGAACAUGCAUUUUACAAAACUAUUGUGUAUGUAAUGCUGGUUUUAGUGGAACUGAUUGUUCUGCAAUGUCUAGUAUUAAUUCUACUCAACCAGAUCCUGUUGUAAAGACAUUUAAUAUUUGGUUGAGCAAAUAUGAAGAAACCAUUGAUGAUUCUCAAUCAACCCAAGUGGUUAUUCUUAGUUCAUUAACUGAAUUACUUACGUAUGAAUGGAAAUGUCUUAAUUGUUCCAAUAUGGUCAAUUACUCAACAAAUGCUCAAUCUCCAAUUUUAGUAAUCAACUCUGGAAGUUUUACUGGAACCUAUUUAUUCCAAGCAAAAGCAUUGAAAGGCACAGAAAUGAACUCCACACUGCAAUAUUUCACCCUGACAAUUGUUUCUAGUAACACACAUCCCACAAAUAUUUCAAAUAAUUUGUUUACAGUUUUGGGAAUGCCACAAGUUUUGAUUUCCAAUAAGAAUAAUACUAUUGAUUAUACAUUUAUUGUUUCAAAACUUGAAAUGAAGGAUGAAAUAAGUAGUUUAUGGAUGAAGGAUUGUAAAUUGAGUGAAUCAAAAUGUGAAACCAAGUAUUCAUUGUCAAUUUAUUACAUGAUUAAUUCACAAGUUUAUCUGAAAAAGACCGAAAGUUCAAUGGUGACAAUGGCACAAGAAACCUUAUUACAAAAAGUUAGUUUGAAAUCACCUCUUCUCGUUCAAUUCAAUGGCAAUUCAGUUGACCAAUAUGGAACUUUGAUAUUUUCUUUGAAUUUCACAAAUUUGGCGGGAAGUGAAAUUGUCUAUUCUUCAGAAAUUCCAGUUUAUCAAUAUAUGAAACCAGUCGAUUCUAAUAACUUGUUCGCCAAUAAUACUCCAUUGGAAGGUGUUGCUAUUAGAGAUGUAUUCAAUUUGACAAUCAAUAGUUGGAACAGCUCUGUAUCUUUACAAUAUGCAAUUGGGGUGCAUUAUAUGGGACAAUUAAUGAGAAUUACUGAUUUUUCAUAUAAUAGAACACAAAAUGUUAGAUUUCCAUUUUUAAAACAGUCUAAUUAUUAUCUUUCCAUAAUUGGUAAAGAUGAAUAUGGAAAUGUUGAGACAAUUACAAGUUCAUUUUCUAUCAAAAUAUCAAAAUUUGAUGGAAAUUAUCUUGAAUUAAUGAAUAGAGUUAUCAAUAGCAAUUCUAACUUUAACAUUCUUGCUAGCAUUGCCUUAGAUAUGACACUUGACAGAUCAAAAGAACUUAAUAAUCAACUAGUUAAACAACUUCUAUUGAAUAAUCAAUUUUCCAACAUGUUUCUAUUGAAAUUCCUUACCAACACAUAUGCCCUUUUAGAUCAGGAUGUAAUUUUCGAUUUGGAAUCUAAAUUUGGUGAUUUGUUAAGUGUGACUAAAGUUGCUUAUCAAUAUUCGAAUCAGCUAUUUGGAUUUGUCAGAAACAAGAUCCCAAAGCAAGAUAUUGAACAACUAGUUGGUAUACUGUCUAAUUUAAUUUCUGAUUUUGAUAAUAUUAGAAAGUUGACUAAUUCACUUUCUGAAAUACUAAUCAUUAGCGAAUUGUCAGUGAACUCAACGCUAUCACAAUUACCAAAGAUUGAAUUCAAUAGCACGAAUAUUAAUUUAAUAAUAUCAUCAUUCAAGAUUUACAAAUCAGGAAACAGUCAAAAAUCAAUUAAUCAAGGAAGCAAUAAGGUUCUAUUCGAUUCUAAUGCAAUUCUAUCAAGAUACGAUGCCUUUGAUAAAGAAUGUGCUAUUUCAUUGAUCAAUUAUGGUGAAAAUCAUUACAAUGAUUCCAGAAAUGCUUCUUCCUCAGCUAUGGACUUUAAAUUUUACAAAGAAAAUCAAAUUGUAAAACUUUCAAAUUUGGAACAACCUAUUUUAUUGACGUUUGAGUCUAAAUCCAUCAACAAAUCAGAAGAAUAUAGUUGUGAUUAUUGGGAUGAACAAGCUAGAUUGUGGAGCAGUGAAGGUUGUUUGGUCAACCAAGUUCAAGAUGGUUUUAUUGAAUGUGCUUGUAAUCACACCACAUUGUUUACAACAUUUAUUGGUCAGAAGAGAGUAGCAACAAGCAUUUCUGUGAUGAAUCAAUUAUCUGAUACAUACUUUGCUCAAAUUAGUUUUGGUAUUUUCUAUUUAAUAAUUUCCUUAAUGGUUUUGAUAACUUUAUUCAUAUUUAGAAAGAGUCAACCAAUAGCUUCUAGAUUAGCAACUCCCUAUAUUGGAAUGAUUGCAUUGAUUGUUGAAUGCGUGUUAAUUUAUAUUGUUCAGAGAAGUGUUCUGGUUGACCAAUUAAUUCGUCAAACAAACAUUUUAAGUGAAGAGAGUAAGAACGCCGAUUCGGCAGCAACUCUAAUUGCCAACAUUGUCAUGAUCUUUGCCAAUUCUCUCAAUUUGACAGCAAUUUUGUCCUAUCUGAUUCAAGUUAUUAGAUUCGAAUUAUUGAAAUAUUUCUACGAUCUCAUUUCCAUUAAAGAAGACAAAUCAAAGAAUGCAACAUUGAAAGUAUUGAAAAUUCUAACCUCAAAUAAGGUUUUCAUUGGAACAUUGAUCGUUUUCUGUGUUGCAAAUUUGUGUUAUUGGACUUUGUGGGUAAUAUUACUUGGUGUGAAGGCAAUUUCAUUAGAAACAUUCGGAUAUAUAGUUGUAAUCUCAUAUGCAGUGAUGAUUCUUACCAUGGGUACAUUGAUUACUUGUGUAUUCCUUUUUGAUUUCAUUUUUGGUUGUGUCAAAUCAAAGAACAGAUCUUUCAAAGAUUUGAUUUUCACACAAGAUUCACCUCUAUUCUUUAGAUGGGAAAUGAUUUUGUUUAUUGUGAGCUUCUUCUUUCUUAUUUUGAAUAUUUCACUUGGUUUGAGCACUUUAGAAUCGAGAUACAAGUCAGAGGAAGGCUAUGUGAGAAUACUGCCUAAUGAUAACGCUUCGUUUGCUUUCGAAUUAGUUUAUAUUUUGUUCUACAUUUUAGUAUUUGGUGGAUUCAGCUCAUUGAUGACAAUUCUUUACAAAAUCAAAACUUUUAACAGAAAAGGGGCCGAAAAACUUCAAGAUGAAGAAGAUAAUAAGGAAUUAUUUACCUUACUUGGAAAUAGCCAUGGUUCUUCAUUGUUGGAACAAUUCUGUAAGAAGGAAUUUUCAACUGAGAAUUUAUAUCUCUACCACUAUAUCAAACAACAGAAUGGAAAUUUCAAUUGUGAAAUAAUUUCCCAUAUUUAUGAAAAUUAUGUCAAGGCAGGUUCAAUAAUGGAAGUGAAUAUUCCUUCGAAUUGUAGUAAGUCAUUUGCAAAAAUGUAUAAGGAAUAUUGUGAAGAAAGUCAAGAGAUUGACACUAGCUCAAUCUCUCAAUGUAUUGAAACAUUGAUGGAAAAUGUUAUCCUAAAUCUUUCAGAUACCUUCUCAAGAUUUGUAUUUACCGAUGAUUAUAUUUCUUUUUCCAAAGAUUCUGAAAUGAUUGAAAAAUCAAUGUCCAAAUUCAACCUUGUGAAUAGUAAAUAAAUCAUUGCUGUAG